GGUGGUGGUGCAGGUUUGAGGAGGGCGGAAGGAUACACCACGUCCAGCCUGGAGCUUGUGUAGACACUUGUGAGUGUGUGAGUUACCAGUGAGGAGUGUGAGUGUAGUGAAGGAAUAUCAGCAGUAGCAGCAGGGGGUGAGGGAGGAGUGAGGUACAGCUCCUGGCACCACUACAAAGAACUACUUUGUUUAUGAUUGAAGCUGGUUGCUGGCACCACCAGCACGCCCCUCACUCUUAACACCCUCAUGACUCUCUACCUCCUCAACUCUGGCUCCUUCUAACUACCGCUGUAUCUUUAAGGGGCCCCGGGCAGGAUGGGCAAACUAUUGAGUAAGAUCUUCGGCAACAAGGAGAUCAGGAUCUUGAUGUUGGGACUAGAUGCAGCAGGGAAGACCACCAUCCUCUACAAGCUCAAACUGGGCCACUCUGUUACCACUAUACCAACUGUUGGAUUUAAUGUUGAAACUGUAGCAUAUAAGAAUGUCAAAUUUAAUGUUUGGGAUGUUGGUGGGCAAGACAAGAUCCGACCAUUGUGGAGACAUUAUUAUACUGGUACACAAGGGCUUAUAUUUGUUGUUGACUGUGCUGAUCGUGACCGUGUGGAUGAAGCCAGACAAGAACUCCAUCGAAUUAUUAAUGACCGUGAAAUGAGAGAUGCCAUUAUACUUGUGUUUGCAAAUAAGCAGGACCUCCCUGAUGGUAAUGACCUUCUUUUUAAACUUUUAAUUUAGUUUUAAAUCUGUAGUUUUAUUUCCUUCAGUCUGUUUCUGUACAGGGUUGCCUAUCAUCCUUGGCCAGUGGUUCUUUUUCAGCCCAUGCCAUUUUUCUUGUACAUACCUUCCCAGAUUCGUCCACCAACCUCUGCAACUUCUCUUCAUCAGCAAAAAGUAAAUGUGACUACUCCCACUUUGUUAGAUUCUUUAUUUUUUAAUCCCACACCUUUUCCCAACACCCGAGCAUUCACUUCUUUUACAACCCCAUCUAUAAAUAUAUUGAACAACCAUGGUGGCAUUAUGCAUCCCUGUCUAAGGCUUAAUUUUACUGGGAAAUAAUUUCCCUCUCUCCUCCAUACCUUAACCUGAGCUUCACUGUCCUCAUGAAACUUAAUAAUUGCUUUCAGUAACCUAUCACAUAUUCCAUACACUUGCAACAUCUGCCACAGUAUUUCCCUGUUCAUGCUGUCAUUUGUUUUGUUACAAAAUAUGUGGGGGAUUUUUCACAAAAGAACAGUUCCGAAUUAACUUUCUACCCACACACU